AUGGCUCUUAUCUCAGUUUGCGGAUCACUCAACUUCGAUUUGGUGACCUUUACCGGGCGCGUACCCGAGGCUGGGGAGACGAUCAGUGCUGGUAGGUUCGAAACUCACGCAGGAGGCAAAGGGCUAAACCAAACGGUAGCCAUUCGAAGAUUACUGAAUGAUAAAGAUGAAGUGGAUGUGGAAAUGAUAGGACAUGUGGGUAACGACGCUUUUGGAGCUCAAUUGAAAGAUACCCUGACAUCGAACGACAUCGCUACAGAUAAAGUAAGGGUUCUGGAAGAUGGAACUAGCACUGGAGUAGCCACGAUAUUAGUGGAACAGAGAACGGGUCAAAACCGAAUUCUCAUAUCAGAAGGAGCCAAUGGUCACACAAAAUAUUCCGAUUCUGAACUUGAAAAAAUAUUCCCACCUUUAACUAAACCCAGCGAUAUCCGUUUCGUGGUUUUUCAGAAUGAAAUUCCUGCAACCCUUGAGAUAAUGCGCUGGUUGGUCAAAAACAGGCCAUCUUUUAAAAUCGCUUAUAAUCCAUCUCCAUAUAAAGAGGUCACCAGAUCGGAUUGGGCACUCGUGGAUCUCCUAAUAGUCAAUGAAAUUGAGGCCCUUCAGGUGUUACAGUCGGCAUUGACUGAGAAAGAAGUUAUCGGUCUUCAACAAGCCAUACAGAAAGACUUGAUUGGUGGGUACAAGCAAGUGACAGCGGAGCUUCGUUAUUUGCUGAGCAAAAAGAACUCGAUGGCCGCAAUCGCUAUCACGCUAGGCGAGAAAGGAUGCGUAUUCUGCUCCAAUGAAUUACCUGAGGUGCAGCACAUAUCAGCCUGCAGUGUUCCUCAAGUCAUUGAUACUACUGGGGCGGGAGACACAUUUUUGGGUGGAGUCGUUUCGCAGCUAUGUACAUCCCAUACUUUGCCUGAAGCUGUUCUUUUUGCAACAAGAGCCAGCUCUCUCAGUAUUCAAAGGUCCGGUGCUGCAGAAAGCAUUCCAUUGUACCAAGAAAUAAGGAAGUUGUAUGAAUGA